AUGACAUUCAAGGCAGUCAUCUUUGACAUUGGCGGCGUCGUGGUAGGUAGUCCGCUCUUUGCCAUCAAUAGGUAUGAGAAAGAACAUGGGCUUCCGUUUCAGUACCUCAACGUGGCGAUUACAGCUCAAGGUCAUCGCGGAGCUUUCCAGUGCUUCGAGCGGAAUGAACUGGACCUGUAUACCUUCUACCGACGCUUUGGCGAGCAGCUGAGCAACGUCGAGAACAAUAAUGCAGCUUACACCAAGUUCUGCAAGAGCCGAGGCCAAGAAGUGCCCAAGCUACCGACCAAGCUGCAAGUUGAUGGGAGAGAGCUCUUUGGACAGAUGAUGCGCUACUCGACUCAGGUAGACCCGAAAGUGCGUAUUGCCAUCAACAAGUUGAAGGAGUCGCGCAAGUUCACCAUUGCCGCCUUGACCAAUAACUUUGCACCUCCAACUGAGAUGGUAGCGGAUGCACAAAGCAGUGCGGUCAAAGCGCCCUCGCUGGAAGAAGAGCUCCAACACCUGGGCCUUGGUGAGUCUCAGUAUGAGCUGCGCAAGAUGUUCGACCACUACAUCGAGAGUGCAGUUGUCGGCAAGAGAAAACCCGAUCCAGAGUUCUACAAGCAUGCACUGCAUCUGCUCAACCUACAAGCCUCCGAGGUUAUCUUCCUGGACGACAUUGGUCCCAAUCUCAAAGCUGCCCAGAAGCUCGGCAUUACUACCAUCCGCGUGGAUUCGAGCGAUUCAACGCCUGCCUUGGCACAGCUGAGCAAGUUGACCGGUGUGCCUCUGCUGGAUCAUGUCCCCAAGCCUUCCUCCAAGUUGUAG